UCCAAAGCCAUGAAACAUUCCUACCGCCUUUGAUCCCACGGAAGGGAACCACCUCUUGCCGAGAACCGAUGGGAGGAAAAAAGAUGACAACGAGGAGAUGGAAAAUUGCUGUCGCCGUCCCAUGGAGGAGGAGGAGAAGCCCCCCCGGGGGGGGGAGGACCCGGCGGGGCCGGGCGAGGACGGGGGGGGGCCCGGGGGAGCCCCCCCAGAACCUGAGGGGUCCCUGCGGCCCAGCCAGGGGCUACUGAAGGCCCUGCAGCGCCUGGUGAGCAGCGGCUUCACCUGGGGACAAGACCCCCCCCGCAAGCCCCCCCGGCAGCGCUGGUGUUGGGGACCCCGGCCCGAGGGCGGCGCGGUUUGGGAGCCCGCGGGGGGCCCGGGGGGAGCCCUGGAGCAGCUGCAGCUCAGCAGGUGAGGGGGG